GUCAUGCACAAAGCAAACCACAUCCCCUGAACAAUCCAACCAAAUGGAAUGUUAAAUGGCAAGCGCAACCCAAAUAGCUCCCAAAGAAAGGGGAUUGAGAUGUUGCAGCAAUAUUCGAUCUAUGCUAUGGCUUUUGCUGGCAGCUUUGCUCAUUGCCGUUGUUUGUAUACACAGAGAAAGCAAAAGAUGGAUAGACCACAACGACGACGACGAUGAUCAGACAGCAAAGAGUUCAUUGUCCAAUUGUAAUUUGUUUUCAGGCAAAUGGGUUUAUGAUGACAACUCUCACCCCCUUUACAGGGAGCAAACUUGCUCCUUCAAGUUUGAUGGGCUGGCUUGUGAGAGAUCUGGCCGCAAAAAUUUGAGGUACCAGCACUGGAGGUGGCAGCCAAAUGCCUGUGAUCUUCCAAGGUUUAAUGCCAUGAAAAUGGUGGAGAGUCUAAGGAACAAGCGGUUUUUGUUCGUCGGGGAUUCACUAACUAGAAGCCAAUGGGCUUCCAUGGCAUGCUUGCUCGAGUCUCCGAUCCCUUCUGGCCAAAAAUCUGUGUACCCUGAUGGCUCUUUAGCCGUCUUCAAGAUGAAGAUUAAAUUAAUGAAGGGAUACAAUGCAACAGUUGAGCACUAUUGGGCGCCAUAUCUAGUCGAAUCGAGCUCGGAUCAUCCCAUCAUCCACUCUGUUAAAUCAGAGCAGAUUGUGAGAGUUAAAGCCAUUGAAAAGCAUGGAAAGCAUUGGAGAGAUGCAGAUAUUCUCGUCUUCAACACCUUCCUCUGGUGGAGAUCAAGGACUAAGUUUAAGGUUCUGUGGGGAUCAUUUAAAAGCCCGAACAAAGUCUAUGAAGAAAUUGAGAUGCAUCGUGCUGUUGAGAUGGCUCUAGACACAUGGUCGGAUUGGCUAGAAACCCACGUAAAUCCUAGCAAGACGAAGAUCUAUUGGGUUUCUAUGUCGCCUACACACGAAAGGGGCGAAGAAUGGGGCAGACCUAGAGGUGAGACCUGUUACAAUGAGACAGAGCCAAUAUGGAUAGAAGGGUACCAAGGAAGUGAGUCAGACCCCAGAAUAAUGCAACUGGUAGAGGCUGCAAUUGACAGAUUGGGAAGAAAAGGCCUCAAAGUUCAACUGAUUAACAUAACCCAACUCUCUGAGUACAGGAAAGAUGCCCACACAUCGAUCAACAGGAAGUAUUGGGGCAACUUGACAGAGGAACAAUUGGCAGAUCCAAGAAGCUAUGCAGACUGUGUGCACUGGUGCGUUCCCGGCUUGCCGGAUGUCUGGAAUGAGCUCCUCUAUGCUUACAUCUUCCAUUUUUGAUGGCCGAAAAGGUCAAAGACAAGGCUUGAGUUGGUCACAAUUCCCUAGGAGUAAGUGCCCAUAUUGCUGAUCCAUUGGCAUAUGUUUUGACAUAGAGAACAAAGUUAUCUUAGAAAAUACCUCCUUUGUUUGGAACUUUGGAUCGAAACUGGUUCUCGUUCUAGUAAAAUGCAAGAAGCUAAGUGGGAAAGUUAUCCAAUUAUGAGCGGAUGUCAAGACCAUUCUGCGCUACAGCCAUGCACAAUGUUGUCUUUCUUCCAACAUUGCCCAGCUUUAUAAAUAGAGCCCUUCCCGUUCAACUCUUCCCCACCACCAUUAAUAUUCUUGGCUUUCUCUAUCCAAAUAAGUUGUGUGAACAGGUAUAGAAGAAUCUGUAAAGCUCAGGAGGGAUAGUGCCAUCCAGGGAGUUGGAUAUGUGUGUAUGUAUUAUACAUAAUCUUUUGAUCAAUCCAUGGCAGCCAGAAGGCUCUAUCCAUCCUGAGUUAAAUGGCUUCUUCAUAUCAUACUCUCCCCUGGUCAGUUACUCAUUCUCUAGCUCUGUCAUAUAUCCAAUCCAUCCAUCAAUAUUGUAAGUUCAUUUUCUUGAUCCUUUCUCUAAUGGGUCAUUUUCUUCUUCUGAAUAGAGAUUAUAUAAAAUCAU